AUGGCACGCAAUGGGAAGGGAAAACGGAGGGAGACAGACUACUCCGAAGGUGGGAUUUCAAAGAGACAGCAAAAGCUCGCCAGCCUGGCAGAUCCUGGAAAAAAUGAAAAGGAAAAAGGCAGCGUCCGCAACAACCGAGAUGGCUCACUAUCUUGGUGGAACGAGACUGCUCAACAUUGGGCGCCCGCGGUAUACCACAAUGACAUCCGACAGAACCUGAUUGAGCGGGCGAGUCAAAACGGACUGAUAGCAUAUCAGCCCCCGCGCGAAUCAGGAGAGCUUCCUUGGGAUGAGACAGCCUACCAGCCAGAACAAGAUGACUGGAACGGCGACCGCAACAAAUCAAACAUUCGGGACGACAUCUUGAAUCGCCUAGACAAGGCAGGAUACGUCGGUCGGGAUGAUGACAUCGACACAGACUUCAUGUUCGAAGGCGUCUGCCUGGUUAUCGACGAAGACAACAACCCCGUCAAGGUAUUCACAAACAUUAAUAAUCUCGACAACCUACCAGCCACGUUAUCCUCGCAAAUCGAGGACUGGUACAUUGAAGCCAUCACACGUCUCGACACGCGCAUCAAGCGUAUCGAUAUCCUGGCUCGUUGUCCACGCGAAUUCCGAAAGGGCAAGGCUGGAAAGGUCACGCCAAUUUUCACCUGCCAAGCUCUCGGCAAUAGGAAAGAUCGGUACCGCGUGAAAGAAGGACUGAUUUCGUGGGACAAGAGGACCGGCACUGAUAAUAUGACGGAGUAUUUGACGCAACGACUGCCUGCUGCUGCCAUCUCGAGCAACUCGAUCCGCGGAAUUCCGCCUCUGACGCCUCUAGAGCAACUCCAGGCACGAUCAGCUAAUAGGGGCAACUUUCUCCAAAAGGCCAAUGGUAGAAACCUCUCCGAUGAAGAGCGACAGAGUCGAGAAAAUAAGAUCAUGAAUCGCAAGUGGCAUACCUAUGAUCCGGAACAGGUCGGUGCUGCGAAAGCAAAUUCAUCAAAGAACUUGCCUCCACGAACCCAUGCUCGCUUGGGGGAGACACUGGCGCAAUCUUCGCGCGGCUCGAACAAAGACUUCCCAUACGUGAAGGGGGGCUUACAGAUAUGGAAUUCUGCUCGUGUGCCGUAUCAAUCUUACGAUCCUCAGGCGGCCUUCUACCAGGCUUCGGGCAAUCUCAAUGGUAACUUGUCGCAGAUGCCUUCAUCUUCGGGCCAGUCACAGCUUUACGAUGAGACCUCCACAUCAAGUAAGACGGCGGAGGCUUCCGAGGGUGACUCCGAAGACGACGAGGAUCCUGAUGGAAUCGAGCAACAAGAGAAGUUUAGCCUAUUCGAGGAUGACAGCCAAGAAGAUCACUCCAGUGAAUCUGCUAAUGAUGAGCUUCCUGCUUCUGAUGUGCACUCUUCGGUUGAAGAAGAAAAGGUGGUCGAAGAUACUACAUCAGGCCAGGAACGAUCCUCCUCCGGUGCAUCAGAAAACGACGAUGAAGAGGACUUGCGCCGAGAACGUGAAGUUGCUCCGUCGCCUGAGCCUAAGGAGCAUGAAACGAAUGCACCCAAGAUCGCUGACGGUCAAAAUUCCACAAAAGUAUUGCACACAAUUGAUGAAGAAGCUGAAUCUUCAACGAGUCGAGACGAUGGUCCAUUGCAACACAACACGCAUUUUCCGCCAGAUACCAUCGAUCCACUCGCCACGCAGCUACGGCCAACGAACCAGAUUCUCACCAAUAAUCUCAACGUACAGCAGACCGACAUACCAGCGCGCCUUCACUCGCGUGCUCUUCACCCAGUCACCAACGCAGCCAUACGCCAUAACGACCCCUCACGUUCCUUGCACUUCGCCCCCGCCGCCGGCUCAAAGCGCAAGCGCGACAGCGACAAGGAGAACGGCCUACCGCCUGCAAAGCGUCAAACCACCACAUCUUCUCGCCCGAUUAGCUUCGGCAACCUAGCGCCGCCUCUCACGCAAGAAGAACUCCUCGCGGAAGCAGACUCGCGCAUGCGAAACCGCCAGCUCCUGACAGUCGCGCACGGAAACGCGCUGAUGGCGCGCGGUGCGGAGCGGCAACGCGCUAUUGAUAAGUCGGGCGCUACGGGGGAGGAGAAGGUGCUUAUGGAGGCGGAGGAGCGGGUGAGGAAUCGGAUGCCCUUGUCGGCUGCGCAUGCUGGGGUGUUGGAGGUGAGGGAUGAGAGGCGUGAUGCAUGGCGUGAUGCUCAGCGACAAGCUCAACAACAAGGUCAGCGUCAAGCUCAACAACAGGCUCGGCAACAGGCUCAGCCAGCUACAGACCCGCACCAAGCAGCACCGCUCUGCGCAGCGCUCUUCAGACCACUCUAG